ACGAACAUUCUCCCAAAAUAACACAAACAUCACGCUUUCUAUCUUCCUCUUCUUCCCCACCACCUGCAACUUCCCCACUCUUCCCAGCAACCUCAAAAACAUCCCUUCCUCUCUCCUCCUAACCCCAAAAAGAUUGUUUUUUUUUAAUUGAUACAUUAUUCCAAAAAAAAUCAAAUAUAAAAAAAGAUCCUGAUCCAGUCGCCAUUAAAACUCCACCAAAAAGCUUCAAUUCAUCCCUUCAAAAAAAAAAAAAAAAAAAAGCUUCAAUUCAAAUUCCCCAGAUCCCCAGAAAAAGAAAAAUGUCAACAAAGAAAGAAUUGAUUUUCAUAGGAACAUUAAUAAUAAUAUGGUAUUCAUCAAAUAUUGGAGUAUUGUUGUUAAAUAAAUUACUCCUCUCAAAUUAUGGAUUUGGGUUCCCAAUUUUCCUAACAAUGUGCCACAUGUCAGCUUGUGCUUUGCUGAGUUACAUCUCCAUUGUUGUACUCAAAGUUGUUCCAUUGCAAAGAGUGAAAUCGAGAUCACAAUUCCUUAAAAUUGCAACGUUGAGCAUUGUGUUUUGUGGGUCCGUUGUGGGUGGUAAUGUUUCUUUGAGAUAUCUUCCUGUUUCUUUCAAUCAAGCUGUGGGUGCUACGACGCCGUUUUUCACUGCUUUGUUUGCUUAUUUGAUCACUUUCAAGAGGGAAGCUUGGGUUACUUAUGCUUGCCUUGUGCCUGUUGUUGGUGGUGUUAUCAUUGCUAGUGGGGGGGAGCCAAGUUUUCAUUUGUUUGGAUUUAUUAUGUGCAUAAGUGCAACUGCAGCAAGGGCGUUCAAAUCUGUUCUCCAGGGUAUCCUACUUUCUAAUGAAGGGGAAAAGUUAAACUCGAUGAACUUGAUGCUGUAUAUGGCCCCGAUUGCAGUUGUCGCCUUAAUCCCUGCUGUGCUUAUAAUGGAGCCCACUGUACUAGAAGUCUUUGUUUCUUUAGGAAAUCAGCAUAAGUUCAUGUUGAUUACUCUAAUACUGAACUCACUCAUGGCUUAUGGAGCCAAUUUGUCCAACUUCUUGGUGACCAAAUAUACAAGUGCCCUAACUCUCCAGGUUUUAGGCAAUGCAAAGGGCGCUGUUGCUGUCGUUAUAUCAAUACUUAUUUUCCAAAACCCAGUUACGGUGAUUGGUAUUGGUGGUUAUACAAUGACUGUUCUUGGAGUAGUUGCUUAUGGAGAGACGAAGCGAAGACUCAAGUAGUAGUAGAUUCUUGACUAUUCAAUUUGUGUUUUUUCCAUCUUAAAAACUAGGAAGAACGAUUAGCUAGGUAAUUACAGAUAACUAUACUUUGCCAAUUAUUUACCCCCCUGUACUUUAGUAGCAUUACAUGUUCAUAUAGAGAGAGGUGAGAACAGGGACUAUAAUUUUAGUUUUGAUGUAACUUUCUGUUCAAGGGGCGGAUUAGCUCAAGAAAUUUAUUGGAGAAUUUUUAGUGAUGGAUUAUACUA